GUCCCAACGAGAGCCGGAGUGGAGGGGGCGGGGACCCGGGGAGCCUGCGGGUCGCUGUAGCGGGGGAAACCAGUUGGCGCAGCCGCUCCGGACACCGACGCCACCACCUCCUCUGUGUCCAUGAUGGACUCGGUGUUGGAAGAAGACGUCACCCUCCCCGGGACGCUCAGCGGCUGCAGUGGCCUUGUUCCCAAUUUACCAGAUGACGUGGAUGGCAUCAACCCCAUUGCUGGUUUGGAAAAUGGUGUGCUCCCAAGUGCGUCCGAAGAAACAGUGUCUCCCACCAGAGCGCGGAACAUGAAGGACUUUGAAAAUCAAAUCACUGAACUGAAGAAAGAAAACUUUAAUUUAAAGCUCCGCAUCUAUUUCCUGGAGGAAAGAAUGCAACAGGAAUUUGAUGGCCCCACUGAGCACGUCUAUAAAACCAACAUCGAACUCAAAGUGGAAGUGGAGAGUCUGAAAUGGGAGCUCCAGGAGAGGGAGCGGCUGCUCAUCAAAGCCUCCAAAGUGGUAGAGAGCCUGGCUGCAGGGGGCGGCUCUGAAGUGCAGCGGGUGAAAGAAGAUGCCCAGAAGCAGGUGCGGCAGGUCGAAGAUCUCCUAAACAAGAGAAUAUUCCAUUUGGAAGAGGAUGUGAAAGCUGCCCAAGCAGAACUGGAAAAGGCCUUUGCAGGGACAGAGACAGAGAAGGCGCUUCGGUUGAACCUGGAAAACAAGCUUUCGGAGAUGAAGAAGAAGCACGAAGGGGCCUUGGACAUGGCUGUGGUCCUGGAGCAGAAAGACAGACUGAUUGAGGAGUUGAAGCUGUCUUUGAAGAGCAAAGAAGCUUUAAUUCAGUGCCUUAAAGAGAAGUCUCAGAUGGCAGGUCCCGAUGCGAGCGUGUCAACUGCAGAGCUCCGAGGCCUUUCUGCUGCUCCAAGGGGAGAAGAGGAGAGAGAAGCUGAGGCUGCACAAAUGGAGCUCCAGAAGGAGAGACACCGCUUUGAAGAGAGGAUCCAGGCACUUCAGGAGGACCUGAGAGAGAAGGAAAGAGAGAUUGCUACAGAAAAGAAAAAUAGUUUAAAGAGGGAUAAAGCCAUUCAGGGUCUAACCAUGGCAUUAAAGUCAAAGGAGAAAGAGGUGGGAGACCUUAACGCUGAACUCCAAGAGCUCGGCGCGGCCUUUGCCAAAGCCACAGAGGCCCCCCAGGAAGCGCAGACACCGAAGUUCCAGGGGUCCGAGGAUUACGAGGCUGCUCUGUUAGAAAAGGCCGCCCUGUUGGCACAGCUGCGCUCAGAAAUCCUCAGCAAGAGUGAGGAGAACCACAGACUGCGCAGGGGCCUGAGGAAGGUGACCCAGGAGCUGAGCGACCUGCAGCAGGACAGGGAGAGGCUGGAGAAGGAUUUGGAGGAAGCCCAUCGCCAGAGGAGCAGAGACGACUGCACCGUCCACGACCUUAGGAAUGAGGUUGAGAAAUUACGCGAUGAAGUGAACGAAAGAGAGAAGGCCGCAGAGAAUCGUUACAAGAGUCUUUUGAGUGAAAGUAAUAAAACAUUGCACUGUCAAGAGCAGAUGAUCAGAAGUCUAACAGGAAGUAUCAAUCCAAAGGACUUGUUGCUUCAGAAAUUCAGUGAAAAAGAUUUGGAAGCAGUACAGCAGAAUCGCCAGGCACAGACCGGGGAGGAUCUCACGGUCAGGGGUGAAGACUCACCAGAAAAGUGCCCUUUGUGGCAGUUACCGUGCAACCGUCUCUUCUCCGAGGAAAAGCAACAGUUAGACUAUGAAGAGCUGAUGCAGGUCUUAAAGAAGGAGCGAGACAUCUAUGCCCACCUGGUAAAAUCUCUGCAGGACCCAGACAGUCCCAACAGCCUGCAGGCUGAGCUGAACAGCAUCUUCGCUUUGCGGAAGCAGCUGGAGCAGGACGUGCUCUCAUACCGGAAUUUGCAAAAGACCUUGGAGGAGCAGAUCAGUGAAGUUCGGCGGCGGGAAGAAGAACCAUUUUCAUUUUAUAGCGAUCAAACAUCUUAUCUGAGUAUUUGCCUUGAAGAGCACAAUCGGCUUCAAGUGGAACAUUUUUCUCAAGAAGAACUUAAGAAAAAGGUUGGUGACCUUAUACAGCUGGUGAAGGAACUGUAUGCAGACAACCAGCACCUGAAGAAGACCAUUUUUGAUCUCUCCCGCAUGGGUUUCCAGGGAGGUGACCGACUUGAGUCAAUAGAGCAAACAGAGCUUCUGGCUAGCAAGGAGGACGAGGACACGGCCAGAACUGGGGAGGAUGACGAGAACGACUUCCUGAGUGACCAGCACGUGGAGCAGAGCGACAAGGUCCUGGUGGAUUAUUCCAAAGGAGGCUGCAAAAAUGGAUAUCUGAGGCACACAGAUUCCAGUAUUCCAGAUGACGAUGGAGCCUGCAAGCCUGGCUGCCCCGGAGACCGGAGGCUAGAAGAGGGUGACCUCGUGAACUUGCUUGCCCCGUUUUUCAACGAGAAGGCCACAUUGUUCCUGGAAUCCAGGCCUGACCUUCUGAAAGUGCUGCAUGAGCUACUUCUGGAACGAAUAUGCUUGAUAGAGCAGGGAGUUUCUGCAGGACACCUUGAUGGUGACACCGAGAGGCCACUCGAGCAAACGGCUCUUCAGCCAAGAGGCGAGGUCAGACAUUUCGCCCUCCCCAACUCGUCCUCCAAGCCCCACGAUGCACCGAAGUCGCUGUGGACAGCCCCGCUCGAAAGGGCAGGCGAAGCAUCCAGGCCGGAGCUGAAGGAUGCCUCCGUGCAAACCGUGACUGUGGAGGGUGACGCGCACCGGUUCCCACAGCAUGGCCAGAGAGAGGCUUGGGAAGAGAAGCCGCCGGAUGCCGUGUUCCACACGGAGGGCCCGCCAGAGAGCUUGUGCGCGAAGCCGGGGAGGCACGCUGCUCGCCCAUCCUUCCCCAUUGGGGCCCACAGAGUAAGCUUGUUUGACGCCAGGAGGUCCCGCUUGCCCAUCCUGAGGAGAGCGUCCCAGCCAGCAGGAGAUGUGAGUCGGCCGCCCGCCCCCCAGGACCUGGUGACCCAGCUGCAGGGCCAGGUCCUGGAGCUGCAGGGGGAGCUGACGGAGUUUAAGGUCCGCAACAGGCAACUUCAGCAAAAGCUAAUCCUGGCCGAAGCGAUGAUGGAGGGGAGGCCAGCGCCAGACGAGACACUCCUGAAAGCCCAGCCCCUUGGGGGAGCAGCCUACCACGACAGCCCAGGAGAGCAGAAGGGAAUUACAAGCGUGCCCGGUGUCUGCAGAGACCAGCAAGGGGACGGCGAUGAGCACACCAGCGACGAGUCCGACUCUGAAAUUUCCAAGCCCGAUGGCCUGGCCAUCUUGCCAACACACGAAGAGAAUCUUUCUGAAGAAUUUCCAGGCCCGACCCCAGUGACUACUUACCUGAGUUCUAAGAGUCCGCUUUCCACUGAAGUCAGCGUGAUUGGGACCCACCAUUCGGAGAACGUUGACACCUCAGGCGAUACGGAACACUUAAAACAGAAAAUCUGUGACUUGGAAGCUGAGCUUGAGGGCUACCGGAAUUUCUUAUUUCAGCUUCAGAAGCACUCCCAGUGCAGUGAGGCCAUCUUCACAGUUUUGUGUGGGACAGAAGGGGCCCAGGAUGCCUUGAACAAGCCCAAGGGUAGUGCUGAUGAAGAAGAAAUGACCUUUUCAAGUUUGCACCAGGUACGUUAUGUGAAACACAUGAAGAUCCUCCGUCAGCUGCCCCUGGAGGUGACCGACGGCGGGCUGCUGGGGAGCCUCCGACAGCAGCUAUUGGGUCAGAAGUGUCAGCUGCAGAAGGAGCAGAACUUGAACAUGGAACUUUUCAGUGGAAUCCAUAACCUGCAGAAUAAGUUCAGAGACCUCUCCCCCUCCAGAUACAAUUCAUUAGUUCAGUCCCAAGCCAGGGAGCUCUCCCUUCAAAGACAGCAGAUUAAGGACAGCCGUGACAUCUGUGUCGUUUACCGUCAACAUAUGAGCACCAUGAUUAAGGCGUUUGAGGAGUUGCUGCAGGCCAGCGACGUGGAUCGCUACGUGGCCGAGGGCUUCCAGGAGCAGCUGAAUCAGUGCGCCGAGCUGCUCGAGAAGCUGGAAAAGCUGUUUCUCAGCGGGAAAUGCGUUGAAGUGGAAAUGAGCACCCAGAACGAACUGACGGAGAGGAUUGAGGAAGACGGUGUAACCUACCAGCACAUCCUACCUGAGUCUCCUCAGCCUUCUGCCUCUCAUGCGCUGUCCGAUUAUGAAAUGUCCGAGAAGUCCUCCGUCCUCUCCCGGGACCAGAAGCUAGACAGCGAGACCGGGAAGACCUCGGUAAUGGCAAACCAUUUUUCUCAAGACUUAGUAAUGGAGCACAUACAAGAAAUUCGAAGCUUGAGGAGACGUUUAGAAGAAUCAAUUAAAACAAAUGAGAAACUUCGGGGACAACUGGAAAGCCAGGGGUGUGACUUUGAUCAAGGUUCUAUGAACAGUUUUGCUUAUGGAUCAGAGCUGCAUAAUUCUCUGACAUCAGAGAUCUGUUUCCUGAGGAAGCAGAACCAGGCUCUCAAUACCGUGCUCGCCAAGGGAUCCAGAGAUAAACAGAAGGAGAAUGAGAAAUUACGCGAGGCCCUCUCCAGGAAGGCUGCGAACCUCGAGCUGCUUCGGCGAGAGUACGCCUGCUUGAAGGAGGAGAACGAGAGGCUGCAGAGGGAGGUGUGCGAGCAGGACAGGCACAGCCGGCAGCUGCUGCAGGAGGUGUGCAGCACGCGCAGCGAGCUGAGCAGGGCGCAGCAGGAGGCGAAGUCGAAGCAGCAGCUGCUCUCCCAGAACGAGCGGCUCCUGCAGUGUCUGCGGGUGGAGCUGAAGGUGUGCGCGAAGCUGGACGCGGGGCACCGGAGGCCCGGAGAGGCAUCAGGAGAAGGCUGGAUGGGGCAGGACCCUUGCAGCGACCUGCACGGUCUCCUAACAGAGAUCCAGGCUCUGCGGAGCCAGCUGGAAAAGAGCAUCGAGACCACCAGCACGCUGCAGAGCAAGCUGGAGGAGCAGGGGAGGAGGGCUCAGGAAGCAGCCCUCACCGGGGCCCUCCAGACCCUGUGCGUCCCCGAGUGGCCCCUGCAGCUGGACAAGCACGAUGGUGACAAGUGCCCCGUGCCGGUAGAUAAUUCCUGCGACCUGUUUGACUCCCCGCCGGCGGUGCCACCACAGUCAGCGUCAGAGACCCCGCCACUCUCUGGAACCGACACGGACUCCCUCUCCUGCAACAGCGGCAGCUCGGUCAGCAGCACCCCGUGCGCGUCCCACCUGGUCCCCGGCUACCACCUGUGGGCCGACAGUAGUGGCUGCCAUGUCCUGGGCCUGACCGCGGACUACGAGGCCCUGUGCCAGCAGAUUGGCCAGGGCCAGAGGCUCCUUGCCGAGAUGGCCCUGCAGAUCCAAGAGGCUCCCCACCCCACAAGUCUGGAACUGGGAACGAAGGGUCCACACUCAGCACACCCGGGCAGAUUCGUCACUGGCGUGGGCACAGCCAAGCUGAUCCUCAAGGAGGCUGCGAGGCUGCUCAUGCUCUUCUGGAGGGCCUCGCUCCCCACCAAGGACCAGUGCUCGCUUCCGGGUGAACAGACCCGAGAAAUGAAGGCAGAGAUCACCAGACUGCACAGAAGGCUGUCUGAACAAGAGAAGAAGCUGCAGAAGUCCUUGGAGCUUUUGCAGCGGAGCCAGCGCCAGGAAAAAGUCAUCUUUGAUCAGUUGGUCGUGACCCACAAAGUCCUCCGGAAGGCCAGAGGAAACCUGGAGCUCAGGCCCGGAAGUGCCCACCACCCAGGAGCGUCCAGUGCCAGCCGCCCAGGCUCCUGAGGAGAAGGCGCAGCCAAUAAAGCCUGUGGACCCCACGA